AUGAAAUUAACCUUAACACCGUCCUCAAAACGCAGUGUAUCAACAACAAUCGAUAAUGAUGAUUCAAUAACCGAUUCUGACGUUCGAAUACGCGAAGGCGGUCCAUAUCAAGCAGAUAUUCCCUCGUUAAUUACAACCAUUCAAUCUUCAGCAUCCUCUACUGCUUCAUCAGUCAUUAAUCAUGAUGGUAUUACGUUUUGGAAACCAACAACACUGUUGGCUAAUGAAGAAAUAAUUGAAUAUAUUGACUUUGCUCGGAGUAAACAUCGUAUGAGUGAAGAACAAGCACUUGGCAUCUUGUACAUCUGUAAAUAUAAGACAUCUACAGCUAAAAUAUUAAUGCAACAGUAUACGCCAGAAAUUGAUGAUUGGACAAUCGAAGAAAAGUGUUUAUUUGAACAAGCAUAUAAAUUUUACGGAAAAAUAUUUUCAAGAAUACGUCAAAUGUUACCAGAGAAAACUAUUGCUAAUUUAAUACAAUACUAUUAUUCAUGGAAAAAAACACGUAAACAAAUGAGUCUAAUGGAUAAACACGAAAAACAACAUCGAUUUACAUCAUGUGACGAUAGUGAUGAUGAAAUGAAUGAAAAUAUUACAUCCAUACAGCUACCAACAAAAGAUUUGGGAAGUAAAAAAACGAAUGGGUUUUGCCUACAGCCAAAUGAAGCUACUUCUUCGUCCAUGGACAUCGAUAAACAACAAAAUUUAAAUGAGGAAGAACAAGAGUGCUGUAACUGUGAAACAUCACAUUGUGCAUCAUCAAUGUAUUCAACCCCAAAGGGUAUAUUGUGUCUUCAGUGUUAUACAUAUUGGUCAAGUAGUGGUUUAAUGAGACCAGAACAACAACCGGUCAAAUCUUCAUUGAAAAAAGUAAAAAAACCGCCAAAAAAUAUGGUACUUGAUCAAAAUAGUUUAUUGGCAAUGGCGAAUUAUAUGUUCAAUGAAAAUGCUACGAAUGAUUUAGCGAAUGAUAAUUCAACAAAUUCCGAUGUAAUCGAUCCUAUUGAACAAUUAGAAGAUGAAAUUCGACGUGAAAGGUGUACAAUACAAUCACAAAAUCAAUUUAUUGGUUAUAUGUCUAGUUUAGUACGUACGGACAUGGAAUUAAUACGUAUACCACCAUUAGCGAAUCGUCAUUCGUCUUCACAACAACAGCUGAAUGAAGCCAUCUCAACAUGGACAACAGAUGAGACACUCUUAGCUAUACAAGCAUUUGCUAAAUAUGGAAAAGAUUAUCGUUGUGUGGCUAAUGUUGUAGCUACAAAAACCGUUCAAGAUGUUGAAACAUUUUUCUUGGAAUGUCGUGAACGUUAUCAAUUAGAUUAUGUAGUUGAAUUGCGUUUAAAGCUACAGCACAAAAGUUCAAAUACAAUCACAUCCGCUAGUAGUAGCAGUACGGCACCACUUACAACAAAUACAGAUGGAUCGACGGCCAUACCCUUACUACAGAUACCAACAACGUCUGUUUUACCCACCAUAAAUGCGACGACAUGA